GGUCGUUCAACCGUCAACUCAGUACCAAGGCAUAGCACGAUACCGCCUGACGACAAUGUCAUAGUCCCCCAUCCACACAGCGCUCAUGGCGCUGAACCUUGACGGCGGGUAUGUCGCUCCUGGCAUAGCCCAGGGGAGCGUCGAGAACACCUUGCCCAUAUUCAACGUUGAGCGAGUCCAGCUUCAGUUCAACAUCGCCUCCGAUUUCGUGGCCGGCCAGGUCGCCAACAAUGUUUUAAUUCUUGCCCUUGCUACCGGGCGCAUUCUCCGAAUAGACUUGGAAAGUCCUUCGGAUAUUGACGAUGUUGAUUUACCAAAGAAGACCAGCGAAGUCGGUCUUAUACGGCGCAUGUUCCUCGACCCUUCGGCAUCACACCUAAUCAUCAGCACUACCCUAGGGGAAAACUUCUAUCUACAUAGCCAGUCGAAACAACCCAAAGCUUUGUCGAGGUUAAAAGGCAUAUUAAUCGAAUCCAUCGCCUGGAACCCCUCGCAGCCCACGGCUUCAACACGAGAGCUUCUGGUUGGAGCAGCAGACGGGAACAUUUAUGAGAUCUAUAUCGAGCCCUCGUCCGAGUUCUAUCGGCGUGAAGAACGGUACUCGGCACACGUCUGGAAGAUAUCCGAUGGCGCGGUAACAGGUCUCUACGCCGAGGCCCUGGAAGGCAGACCUGAACUGCGACGGGUGAUGGUGGCGUCUCGGUCCCGUUUGUAUCACUGGCUGGGCAAGACUGGCGGAAGAGGGAAAGAGGGUUCGGCGUCGAUAUACGCCGAUCUCUUUUCCAAGGAAGUCCCUGCCAUACACGAAACCACUGGAGCCAAUUCGGCAGCACCGUCAUCUUUGUCCGUGUCGCCUGAGCCGCAGGACCCGGGAGCAGAUCCUGAUCGCAGUUUUGCCUGGCUGUAUUCCCAAGGCGUCCUUACCGGCAAGCUUUCGACCUCGCCGUUGACUCCUAACCUCGGCUCGAAGAUAUUCAGUGAGGCAAAACUCCAUCCACGGUCCAUAUUUCCUGAGACCACAUCUGCUCGAGGAGGAAGGAAACUGAUACAAGAUCCCAUUGUCUCUGCCAUCUUGUCGCAGUGGCAUGUUUUGGCGUUUGCCGAGGGCCGCGUGGUCGCAGUGAAUCGUCUCGACGGGAGCGUGGUGUACGAUCAGGCCGUGCUGGAACCUGGCCAGAGCGCACUGGGCCUGGUGGCCGAUAUCAAAAAGAACACUUACUGGCUGUUCACCAACCAAGAGAUUUACGAGGUGGUGGCGACCGAUGAGGAACGAGACAUCUGGAAGAUCAUGCUGAAGAAUCAGGAUUAUGACGCCGCCCUCCGAUAUGCCAAGAGCGCCGCACAGAGGGACUCGGUUGCCACGGCCUCAGGUGAUUACCUGGCAGGUAAGGGCCAGUACCUGGAGGCGGCCAGUGUAUGGGGGAAGAGUAGCAAAGCAUUCGAGGAGGUCUGCUUGGCCUUGAUCGAUAACGGCCAAGAUGAUGCGUUGCGCAAGUACUUGAUGGCCAAAUUGGGGUCAUACAAGAAAUCCUCUGUCAUGCAACGGGUCAUGAUAGCGACAUGGCUGGUGCAGAUGUUCAUGGCCAAGCUGAAUGCUCUCGAUGACAUGGUGGCCACCAAGGCGGAGCUGUCCGAGGAUACCGAUGCCGGAGGUGCAAAGCGAGACCUGGAGCAAACUCGAGCCGAAUACCAAGACUUUGUCACCAAACACAAAUCGGAUCUGGAUGCGCAGACAGUAUACGAGGUGAUUUCGAGUCAUGACCGAGAAGAGGAGCUUCUGUUUUUUGCGCACAGCAUCGCGGACUACGACUACAUUUUGUCGUACUGGGUGCAACGGGAAAAAUGGAACGAGGCGCUGGCGGUGCUCAACAAACAAAGCAAUCCCGAGACAUUCUACCGGUACAGCAAUGUACUGAUGACCCAUGUCGCCACGGGGCUGGUCGAGAUCCUGAUGCGACGGAGCAACAUCGACCCGACCAAGAUGAUCCCGGCGCUUUUGUCUUACAACGAGAACAACGCCAGCGUCCCAUUGAACCAGAACCAAGCAGUGCGGUACUUGAAUUUUGUGGUAUCCAACAAUUUCGACGUGCCGGCUUCCGUGCACAACGCGCUCAUCUCGAUCAUGGCGUCACAUCCUUCGCCCUCGGAAAGCUCAUUACUGACCUACCUCGAGAGCCAGCCGACUCCUCCGCUGUACGACGCCGACUUCGCAUUGAGGCUGUGCAUCCAGAACAAGCGGGUCCAGUCGUGCGUGCACAUCUACAGUGCAAUGGGACAAUACCAACAGGCAGUCGAACUAGCCCUGGAGCACGACGACAUUGAUCUCGCGGCCAUUGUGGCCGAUCGGAUCGAGGACAACGACAAAGUGCGGAAAAGGCUUUGGUUGUUGAUUGCGGAGAAGAAGAUCAAAGAAGCCUCGCCAUCGAUCAAGGAAGCCAUCGCAUUCCUAAAGCGGUGCGAGCUGCUCAAGAUCGAGGACCUGAUUCCCUUCUUUCCGGACUUUGUCGUCAUUGACGACUUCAAGGAGGAGAUUUGCGAGGCACUCGAAGAAUAUUCUCGCCACAUUGACACCCUGAAGCAGGAAAUGGAUCUUUCCCAACACACCGCCGAGCAGAUCAAGGCCGAGAUUUCUGCCUUGGACCGUCGCUACGCCAUUGUCGAGGCCGGCGAACGCUGCUGGAUCUGCACCAUGCCUGUCCUGAGUAGGCAGUUUUUUGUUUUCCCCUGUCAACACGCCUUCCAUAGUGAUUGUUUGGGCAAAAGGGUGCUCGAGACCUCGGCCGCCGGCAAAAGAAAAAGAAUCAAGGAUCUGCAGGCCCAGGUCAGCCAGGGUCUCAGUGUCGGGGCGCAACGAAUGAAACUCGUCCAGGAACUCGAUGGCCUUGUCGCAGAUCAGUGUGUCUUGUGCGGCGAGCCUGCCAUCAAGUUGAUCGAUGAGCCUUUUGUCCAUGACGAUGAUGAUGUCAAUGCUUGGGCUAUAUAGGUUACAUGCUAGGUAGUGUAGUACCUGGUAUAGUGUACCCAAGGCAUGUACAGAUGUAUGUAUCUAUGUGGUGUAUUUGUUCGUGUAAUACAUUUUGUGGUUGUUGUGGGACAUACUUUCUCAAUUCCUCGGUUUCAUGAGUGAAAGGGGUUACCCCGAAACGAGUGAACCAGACCAGGGGCAAUAUCUCAUGUGGCAAACAUACAAACCAAUGAAUGCAUUGAUUUGUUUAUUUCUCAUCCAUACUCCUACUCCCACUCGCA